GUCAGUAAAUUUGAUAUUACACCAUCUCCUAUCAAAGUUCCUGGUAACCUUAGAGUUAAUCUUGACAGUAAAAUAACCCACCAACUGGAGAAUGCUGUCACUAUGGAUGUUGUAUUCGAGAAGGAAUUAUUGGGUGUCUACACCAAGGUCGUCUGUGUUAAGAGUGUUGGAACAUGUCACUAUGACGAUCCAUGUCACUUCUUAAAUUCAUUUAAUGGUCCAAAGGGCUGUCCAAAAGAGUUGGCCCAGAAUGGUUUACCCUGUACAUGUCCCUUUAAAGCACAAGCUAUCAAACUACCCAAUACUGAGUUCGUUGUUACCAGUGUUUCUAGUGCAUGGUCUUUCUUAGCUACAGUAAGUAAACCAAAUUGUAAAUGA